AUGAAAUUCCUCGCUGCGUGCUUGACGCUCGUCAGCGUCGCUCCCUGGACCGUGAACGCACUGCCCCACCCUGAAGAUCUUUCAGUUCUUGCCUACAGAGCCUGGGACUUCCGUUUGCUCAGUGAAGCACCCCCGGUUUGCAACAGCUCCAUGAACAAUAUCGAGUACUCUAUCCUCCACUCCUCUGGCGCAAGCGGGCGUACCUGCCAGACAUUGGAUCUUACCCAAUUCAACUCUACAAAUGUCAAGAGUAUCUCGUGGAAGAGCCCCUCGGAUGAGGACCGAUAUGAUCUUUGCAUGUUCAGCACUCCUGACUGUUCCGGUGGAAGUCUGCUGGGGAGCAUUACCAAUGGCUGGGAAGUGUGCUAUUUGUACAACGGGUUCGAGGCAUGGACUAUUGUCCCGGAUGGGAGUGAUUGUGUUCCAGCUUAA